AUGUCGGGCAAUAUACUGGUGACUGGGGGAGCAGGGUACAUUGGGAGUCACACAGUGCUGCAAUUGCUACUGGGCGGGUAUAAGGCUGUGGUGGUUGACAAUUUGGACAAUUCUUCCGAUAUUGCCAUCAAGAGAGUCCGGGAACUCGCCGGUGAAUAUGGCGCCAACCUGACCUUUCACCAGUUGGAUCUUCGUGAUAAGCCCGCACUUGAAGAGCUUUUCGCUUCUCAAAAGUUUGAUGCUGUUAUUCAUUUUGCUGGUUUAAAAGCUGUUGGAGAAAGUGUCCAGAAACCUUUGCUGUAUUAUAACAAUAACCUCAUUGGAACAAUUGUUCUUCUAGAAGUUAUGGCUGCACAUGGAUGUAAAAAGCUUGUAUUUUCGUCCUCAGCUACUGUUUAUGGUUGGCCAAAAGUGGUGCCAUGCACAGAAGAAUUUCCUAUAAGUGCUACGAAUCCUUAUGGACAAACAAAACUUUUCAUUGAAGAAAUAUGCCGAGAUAUCUUUAAGUCUGACUCUGAAUGGAAAAUUAUAUUGCUGAGGUACUUCAAUCCAGUUGGUGCACAUCCUAGUGGCUAUAUCGGUGAAGAUCCACAUGGAAUUCCAAACAAUCUCAUGCCAUUUGUGCAACAAGUAGCUGUUGGCAGGAGACCUGCACUGACAGUUUUUGGAUCUGACUAUGCAACGCAAGACGGCACAGGGGUACGUGAUUAUAUCCAUGUUGUGGAUUUAGCAGAUGGCCAUAUUUCUGCUUUGAGCAAGUUAUCUGAUCCCUCUAUAGGCUGUGAAGUAUACAAUCUGGGGACAGGGAAGGGUACGUCAGUCUUGGAAAUGGUAGCUGCAUUUGAGAAGGCAUCUGGGAAGAAAAUCCCUCUGGUGAUGGCUGGUCGACGACCUGGUGAUGUUGAGGUUUUAUAUGGUUCAACGGAGAAAGCCGAACGCGAGUUGAAUUGGAAGGCAAAAUAUGGCAUUGAUGAGAUGUGCCGAGAUCAGUGGAACUGGGCCAGCAAGAACCCAUAUGGUUAUAAGUCUCAGUUGUCUACUAAUUAA